CAGCUGUCAUCGAUUAUUUUUAUUGGAACAACGAUUAUUUUGGUGUUUUUUUUUUCGUCCCGUGUGUGAUUCAAUUUUUCGGUAGGACGCAAGUAUAUUUGGCUGGGCUGCUGGUUGGUUGGACGAUUUUUGGACGAUACGCACCAGAUAUUGCGACGGUCAAGAUCCUACACAGUCAAUAAUCCGUAAAUUGUCACAAUCAUCAGUUACACUGGUACGAUGUUUACGCUUCGUCGUCGUGCAUCGUCUUUUGCGUAGAAAGAGCAAAGCGAAGGGAAGAUCCAGGAAGGAAAACCAGUAGCAACAGAUAGUGAAAGUGUGCGGCGCAACUUCCGGAAUCUGGUGCGAAAAGCUUCGGCGGGGGCGUAACAACGUUCAACGUUCGGACACGAUAGCCAGCCCGAUAUGGCCGAAACGAUGGACGAUGUGCCGAUGGCGGACAGCAGCGACAGCCAGAUGGAGCACGGUCGCGCCCGCGAAAGUAUGCAGUCCAACAGCUCCUCGUUCAGCUCUUCGAACAGCGACCAGGACGGGACGGCGGACGACGGAACGUACAUAGACAACAGUCCGUGGGUUUUCAUGCCCGAACCGUUGUUUAUCAAAAUUUUCCUGCAGCUUCAGGCUCGCGACGUCCUGAACGCGGGGCAAUGCUGCAAGCGGUGGUACAAGCUGUCGAAGGAUGACUACAUCUGGCGCAAGUAUUUCCGCCAGGAGUUUAAUGUGGAUCCAUCGAUUCCGCUGAAACGAGGAGCGGAAUCCUGGCGUGCCGAGUACCGACGUUUGACAAACAACGUACCGAUGGUCAUGACGGAUGUACUGACCUUCCAUUCGCACCAAGUGCUGCACGUCAGCUUUUCACACAACGGGAAAAUGUUUGCCACAUGCUCGAAGGAUGGAUUCGUGAUCGUAUGGAAUUCGGCCUAUCCAACGACGAUACGGGAUUCGUACGAUAUGCGUAAGCUUAGCUGGAAGUACACCCAGUUUUCCCAGUUCAAUCAAAGCGACACGCUCCUGCUGGUGUCUGGGGUCCACUUCGGCUCACCACACAGCACUUCCGGCGAGAUUGCGGUGUUCACAGUGCAAAACGGCUUCAAACUAAAGUGUCGCGUAACGAAUCGACCCUACGACAUAUUCGGCACCUGGUUCAGCGAUCAACAUCUGCUGUCCGGGGAUCUUAGCUGGUUGGCGCACCUGGUCAGCUCCUCGAUACUUUGGCUGAACAAGGCGAACCAGGAGGUCGACUCGGAACACACCCCGGUGCGAAGUCAAAUGUACAAAUUCUACAACCGUAAUGCCAGCUCCAUACGUGCGAUCAUGGUCGCCAACUGUCCUUGGUUAAGCGAUGAAGCAGAGGGCAAACGGGAUGGCGGAAAGGAUUCGACUGCCGAUAGCGGUGGACAGAAAUCGUCGGACGAGGAACCCGGCACCAGUGGUGGAGAUCGUCGCGCGGGAAAUCCACUCUCCCACUACCAGAUGAACCAGGACGUAGACUCCGACGAUGAUCAGGAGCAGGAAGCAGUCGAUGAUGGUCACGAUCCUAAUGCGGCGGAGGAUGUGCCGUACCAGCUGCUUGUUGGCGAUCGGGCCGAUUACGCCAGUCCGAUACAGUAUCUGGAAGAAUUCCGCCAGGAGUACGAGGAAUCGUACUACGAAUCCUCGGACGACUGCCUGGAGGACGACGAGGACGAUGCGGACGAGGAGGAGCUGUCGGAGGGCGAGGACGAUUUGGAAAAUCUCUGCCCAAAGUAUCUGAUCUUUUCGACCGGCUCGAAAACGUACACACCGCACCAGAUCGGGUUCAAGCGCAUCACGAGCGUAAACUUUCCGCGCCGGCUCGAUCCGGGCCCGUCGUUGCGGGAACGCAUCGCGUUGCGCGAUCGGCAGCGCGAGUUACAGGUAAUUAUGGCCGAGAUGUCCCCGGAAGAAAUCCGCCUGCAGUAUAUCUUACAGAACGAGGAACCACCGGUGGAACCGAACUGGGCGAACUACGAGGCAGUGGCGGGACGCUUCGACAAGGUGGACAAGCUGAUCGAUCUGCACGGGCACAUCAUCGGGAUGGGGCUGAGUCCGGACCAUCGCUACCUGUACGUAAACAGCCGGCCGUGGCCGAAAAAUUGCGUCAUUCGCAACCCGCUCGAUCCGCCCGCGAUCGCACAGGAGAUCGACAUUCACGUCAUCGAUUUGAUGACGCUGAAGAAGGUGGGCAAGAUGCUACGGGCCCACAAGGCGUACACGCCCAACACCGAGUGUUUCUUCAUUUUUCUGGACGUCUGUGAUAAUUAUGUGGCCAGCGGUGCCGAGGACAUGCAUGCCUACCUGUGGGACCGCUACUAUGGUGUGUGUUUGGCAAAGUACCAGCACGCAGACGUGGUAAACAGUGUUGCUUUCAACCCGCGCGACAACGAGAUGCUUGUGACCACCAGUGAUGACUACGAGAUUAAGAUAUGGCGAUCUCUUUCGAAAGCGCAAAAGCUGGGCAUACCAACGGUUAACCGGGCGGCGGAGUUUCGGAAACAGAAAAACAAUCGUCCUCCGCCGCAACCCCAACAGCAUCCGCACGGUAUGCGAUCCUUCGUCUAGGGCGUCCCUAAACGUUUCUUCGUAGUCGAUAACAACUGGUCAGGAGGAGGAGGAGCAAAAUGCCAGCAGCCAGCUGCCGGGGUUGUACGUUUUAGUUCGGUUGAACAUUGGUUCGUGCCUUAAAUUACUUUUCUACACACGGAAGCUGUGACCAGUUAUGCGUCACACGUGACUGUCUUUGUUUUCGCCCAAACUGUCGCAUAAUGAGAUUAUCUUCUGCGUGCUAAUGCGUCAUGAUGUUGGUAUUUGUCCACACAUCACAUCGAUCCGAUAGGAUCGGAUUUACCAAUCAAUUUUUAGCAGCAGCAGGAGAGCAGGAUGGCAGGAUGGCGGCACGAUGCUGCAGGAUGAUUGUUUUUGUAGAAAAGCUAGCAAGGCACACGCUGCCAUACCUUAUAUAUAUAUGUAUGAUAAGAAUGUUACAUCUGUUAAAUCUGUUUAUCUAACGUUUGCGCAUCCCGAACGAUCAUUUUGAAUGACGGUUUUGAAAGCACCUUUGUAUACCCUUCUUGUGCGGUACUAAUACAUUGAAAAUGUUUUAUUUUUUAACUUUGGUGUGUUGCUGUUUGUUUUACCAAAAAAAAAAAAAACAAAAAGAAAGCCUCAAAGCGGUCAAAGCAAAGGAAGGCUUUUAAACUCAACUUUUUAAAAUUUGCAUGGUGGGUCGUGUUUAUUGAAUUGAACAGUAGCUGUGAAAUAGUAGGGAGAAAAAGCAAACCCAUUUUAGCAAACCAGCGAACAAUCAGUCGUAAAAGUUAAAAACAAAGAAGAAAACAAUAAAUCAAUGGUGAUUUGGUUCGUAAAGCGUUA